AUGUUGAUUUUCCGACUCCUGACCAGUAAUAACCGCAGCAUCAUCGGCAAACCGAAACCAGUGGAUUGGAUUAAGGAGUUGGAGGGAGAAACCGAACUGGCGGUACUUUUCAGCUUUGAUAUAUUGAAUAUAUGUGUUGAAACACAUAUUAAAUAGUAGAGGACUAAGACAGUCACCUUGCAAAACACCACGGCCAACAGGUAUAAAAUGGGUACGGAACUCAGAAGUAAUUACGGAAGUUUUAAAAUCAGUGUAUAAGCUUUUUAUUAAUUAAAUAAUUCAUGUGAUUAGCGAUGUGAUGAUAGCCAAGGACGGAAUGGAUUAAGUUAUGAUGAACUUCUCCAAAAGCGUUUUUGAGGUCAAGUACUGUGAUGACAAGUGAACGUUGUUUUAUCCGAGCUUUGUUGAUUAUAUUAGCCAUUUCCGCAGUAUGUUCCGGUGAGAAAGGAGUACAUUGCGUUACGUAGACAUAAUGUAAAUAUUUUAAGCGGUAUAGAUUCGAGUGUGAUCGGUCGGAAAUUUGAGGGAAUACUCGUGUUGUUUUUCUUAUGAAUAAGUAUAGUGCAAGCUUUUUUCCAUUCACUCGGGACACAGGAGGCCCAGGCUCGAUUUGCCCGCGCCCGCCUGUGCCUUCCUUAUAACGAGGGAAGGACGGAGACAUUGAGACCAAAAUAGCCCAGACUUGGCAUAUGUCACACGAAACUAUCCUCGAUUUUUCGCUUUUAAUGCAUUUCUUUCACGAUUAAUCGAUAUCCCCUGCAAGAAUGAUACCGUAUAACUCUCAAAACAACGAUGCUUUAAUCAAAGAGCUUAAAUUCGCUCGGAAAUCCGUGAGGGAAUAACAAAAUUCGGCCAAAAUAUAUCCGCGUGCCCGGUUUGCUGUGCAAAAAGCGGAAGUCGUUGAACAACUCAAAAACACUCAACCCUGAUUGGACAACGAAUUUCAACAAACAUUUCAAAUUUUUUUAACGGUACUGUUAUAAUUUCAAUCAUACAAUCAAAACUAUUCACAAACGUUAUAAAGUGUAAAUAUUACUGCAAGUAUAUAAAACUGUAGUACGUUAAUAUGUAUAAUAAAUUGUAUUUCACAUUGUGUUUGUUAAAAAAAUUUGAAAUGUUUGUUGAAAUUCGUUGUCCAAUCAGGGUUGAGUGUUUUUGAGUUGUUCAACGACUUCCGCUUUUUGCACAGCAAACCGGGCACGCGGAUAUAUUUUGGCCGAAUUUUGUUAUUCCCUCACGGAUUUCAGAGCGAAUUUAAGCUCUUUGAUUAAAGCAUCGUUGUUUUGAGAGUUAUACGGUAUCAUUCUUGCAGGGGAUAUCGAUUAAUCGUGAAGGAAAUGCAUUAAAAGCGAAAAAUCGAGGAUAGUUUCGUGUGACAUAUGCCAAGUCUGGGCUAUUUUGGUCUCAAUGUCUCCGUCCUUCCCUCGUUAUAAGGAAGGCACAGGCGGGCGCGGGCAAAUCGAGCCUGGGCCUCCUGUGGUUGUAUCCCAACCAACGUAAGCUUUUGCCAUUCAAAAAUUGUAUAUCUCCGUCAGCGAAAGUCAGACAAGUAUCACUGCAUAUAUUUUACAUGUGUGGUAGUUACGAUUCCGUUCUUCACUCAGCAAAAUUUUCAUCCGAAUUGAACCGACAUUUUAUCAAUUUGUUGGUCCACAAAUUAUUAGGUCCACAAUUUCUCGUAAAGGAAUUAUCCUACAGUGACACACACACACAAACGAAGGUGACAACACAAGUUCCUGGCGCAGGUAAAUAUGACUGUAUCUAAAACUAUUUAAUCCCUAUAUUUCUUUAUAGGCGUGUGUUACUGACUUGUUUAAAGAAUGGGGAAUUCAAAGUGGAAUAAAAGAAGAUUAUGUUAAAGAAAUGUAAGUGCCAUUCAACAAUAAGAGAUAGAACUAAUAGAACUAUCUAUAAUAUAAAUAAAGUCAGUUUUGUUUAGGUUUCCUCCUGUAGUAACACUCGACCAAUAAGAGAUGACCCUUGCUGGACCUCUAGGAAGAAUAAUUUAGAAAUUAUAGAGCUAUAGAACUAUCCAGUUUAAAUGAAGUUUGUUUAGUUUAGGUUUCCUCCUGUAGUAACACUGGAUCAAUAAGAGAUGAUUCUUACUGGACUUCUAGGAAGAACACUUUAGAACUCAUAGAACUAUCCAGUAUAAAUAAAUAAAGUUAAUUGAGUGGCUGGAUGAAAGUCGAUUUAAUAUAAACUCUUUACGUACUGUUCAUUUACCCUUGACCGGAGUAAAAUCGUUUGGCGUUAGCCGGAAUAUGUAUUGAUUAAAGUGCGACCACAAUCUCGAAUAAAAUUUUUGGUAUAUGUGUAAUAUUUGCAUCAUUCUAAAAAUAGAUGUAAUAUAUUUUUAUAGUAAAAAACCUCAUCUUGAUCAACUGUAUCACUGCCAAAGUUGCCGGAUAUGACGUUCUAACAUGAAUCGCAAAUUAGUCUCCUUUUGAGUUUUUUGCUCCAAAAAUUCAUGUAAUGACAUCAUAUCCGGUAGGUUUGCCAGUGAAACUCAGUAUUAACACAUGCAUGAGUCAGUUCUCACAAAGAUUUCUUACAAAUCCUUCAACACUUAGAAUUUACCCAUGCAAAAUUCCAACUGUGAUCACAGAAACUUUGAUAGUGUAUAAACCUGCCUUUAUUAGAAUGUCCCACAUAUUACAUCUACUAAAACGUUUUGUGGUCAGCGUCACCUUAACAAGUACUAGAUAAAACAUGAGCAGAUACAGGUUCGGAUGCGAAUGUUUUAUCGUACUUAAAAAAUGACCCAUCUUAUGAGUUCAUUGGCGAAGUAAUUUUAAAAAUAAACAUUGUCUAAGCCGGGAAAAUCAAAGCUGAAGUUUAUAUAAAUCAGGACAAAUCUUUAUCCGAUUUACAAACAUUGAUUAAACAUUCAUUUCUUUUGUAUUUUCCUUGUGAAUUAUUAAUGAUUUUUUUAAAUAUAGAUAAGAUUUUGCCGUAGUCUGUUCAGUUAUAGAUACACAGGGCGCUUUCCAUUUAAUGGCCUGACCGGUCAGACUCGAAUUCUUUUCUCUGUAUCAAUGGAAAGAUCUGGUCUAUGUUUCUCAAAUAUCUAGCGAAAAUGGACCUCAUUCUAAUGUUAUCAAAAUGUUCGGGUCACAUAGGUCCGAAGCCCAAAUGUUUUGUGUUCCAUUCAACAAUUUGACCGUUCUGAUCGUGUUAGUAGAGAGUUUGGCAAAUACAAGGACAACGGCAACGGCAAUAUGGUCAUCAACAAUAGCAUUAAUCCUCAAAGACAAAGGCGAAUGUAAAUUACAUGGUCUUAAGCGUUGUGCAAUGCCGUAGUUGUUGAAACUAAUACGUGUUUGCAUCAUCUUCACGGUGCACGACUACGGCAACAGUUAAUUCGUUCGAUGUUAUUUGAGAGUUUUAUUUGAUUUCGCGGACUAUUUUUACUUAAGGGUACGUUUGAAAGAAACAGGAAUACUUACAGAGGCAAAUUAAGUGUAGUAACGUAUACUUUGGCUCAAAUACAACAAUAUAAGCAAUUAUAUUUUCCCCGUUGCCGUUCUAGGUUGCCAAACUAGGGAGCUUUAGAUUUGACUACGAGUACGACUACGAGUACGAGGUUCGUCAAGCUAAACGCAUGCUGUAUGCUUACGCCAUCCCGUGCUGACGCUAAAAAGUCGUAGCCGUCGCCCAUCUGAGUACGAAAUUGUGGAGAAACCUCGUAGUCCUCACGACGACUUUUAAAAAAAAACAAAGAAAGUUGACUUUUUUUUGUUUUCCAAAAAUAAUUUGUAGCAUUUAUAUAGCGUUUAUCCGGUGCAAAUAAUAUAUUAGUGCUAAAUAUCUGACCUGUUUUUAAUGUUAUGACUUAUUUACACGUUUUGUAGGGGAUUUUAGUCGGCAGGAGAUUUACUUUAUGAAACUUUUUCUCUAGUUGUUGGUUUACUGUUAUAAAAGCAACAUUUGAAUGGAAACGAAAACGACUACGGUAAUUUCCUCGCACGCGAUCAAAUCUCGUACUCGUAGUCGUACUCGUAGUCAAAUCUAAAGCUCCCUACUCUCUAAUGGAGCGUCCACAGUAUGACGUCAUAAUCUGUGAAGAACAAAAAAAUGGGCACGAGCCACCGAGGCGAGUGGGUCACUUUUUUCUGUUCCCACAUGAUGUCAUAUACCGGUGUAUCUAUAACUGAACAUGCAACGGUAAAAUCUUAUCUAUCUGUUUUAUAUACUAAAAAGAAAACCGCCCGAAUUAAACAGGUAUAAAUGGUUUGCGUUUUAUCCACCCAAACAUUUGGAAAUUUGAAAAUGUCGAAAAUUAAAAAUUUACAAAUAUCACGCGUACGUGAUCUAUACAAAUAAGGGGAUGCUAUUGGCUACCUUAAUUAAUUGUGACGCAUAAUUCCGUGCAUCUGUCCUCUGAUAGAUCGUGACUCACGAAAGCGCUUGAAUUCGUAACAUUAUUAUAUAAUAUUAGGGAGUCUAAGCUUCACGUUUACCGGAACGGCAUGCAAUGCCGAAUUUUCUUGGCAUAAUUUUCGUUCGAUUCCUGCGUGUCAUAUUCUCUUUCAUAUGACACAGGAAUAGUUAAAGAUGAUGUCCACCCCUGUGCACAUGCGCGAACUUUGUUUACGUUUUGAACUGCUCAAUUUGUAAAAUAUGAUAUACUAACUGAAUAUCUAACACUUUUCUGGUUCACUAUACGUGUAAAUGAAUAUAAACUAUAUACGUUUCAAUUCAAAAAAGUUCGAAAGAUGCAAAAUUUGGGCAAUGUUUAUAUCUGGGGGUCCCCCCUUCGUUAUGAGCAGAACUGAUGCGCAGAACGGGGUGGACAUCAUCUUUCUAGUUAUAAAACAACACGCCCUUUUACUUUUUAUUGCUUUAUAGCGUAAAGUUUUUCUUUGUCGUUGAACGCGACGCUUGAGCCCUCUAAUAUCUUGUUUUAUGUUUCAGAUGCCGUUACGGAGCUUGCGAACUUCACACAGUCGCGUCAUUCAUAGGAGGAGCGGCCGCGCACGAAGUAGUCAAACUUAUAACUCAUCAAUAUGUUCCGUUUCAUGACUGUUAUAUCUACAAUGCAAUGACUGGCUCGUCUGUAACGCUGAAAUUUUAA